AAAAGAUUCAUUGAGCUAACAGCUCCUUUUGGCUUAUCUCAAAAGGUGAUGGCUCCUGGAUACGGCCUGGCAGAAAAUUGUGUUUUUGUCAGCUGUGCAUUUGGAGAAGGUAAGCCUAUCACUGUUGAUUGGCAGGGAAGAGUUUGUUGUGGAUAUAUUAAUCCAGUGGAUACCGAUAUCGACGUUCGUAUAGUUGAUCCAGACACUUGUGAAGAGCUUCGCGAAGACGGAAAGGAGGGAGAAAUCUGGAUUAGUAGUCCAAGUGCAGGGAUAGGAUACUGGGGAAGGGAAGAACUGAGUCAGAAAACUUUCAGUAAUGAGCUUACGAAUCAUCUUGGACGUAACUACACAAGAACCGGAGACUUGGGACGAAUAAUAGAUCAGAAGCUAUUUAUCACUGGAAGAAUCAAGGAUCUUAUCAUUGUUGCAGGAAGAAACAUUUACUCGGCAGAUGUGGAAAAGACAAUUGAGACUUCAUCUGAAUUUCUUCGUCCUGGUUGUUGCGCUGUCAUUGGUGUCGCUGAGGAGAUUCUAUUAGCAAAGGGGAUUUCCAUUCCAGAUGGCUCUGAUCAGGUUGCCUUGGUUGUGAUUGCAGAAGUAAGGGAUGGUAAACCAGUCAGCAAAGAUGUGAUUGAGAACAUUAAGACACGCGUGGCAGAAGAACAUGGAGUCGGUCUUGCUUCUGUCAAUUUGAUCAAGCCUAGAACCAUCAGCAAAACAACAUCAGGAAAGAUCAAGAGAUUUGAAUGUAUCAAACAGUUCACGGAUGAGACGCUAAACUUAGUACCUCUAGGGACAAAAUCUAUGUUGACAAAGAAAUCUUUGGUAAGGUCAUUUACUACAGCAACAUGCAAAGAAGCAAAACCAUUCUGGCUCCAGAAAGUAAGAAGUGCGCCUGCACUUGGUAAAAGGAUCGAUAAAAACGACAUUGAAGAGUUUUUGAAACGGCUUAUUUCUGAGCAGACGAGAAUACCAAUCAACAAUGUCUCAGUCACCGACAAUCUGUCAUCCUAUGGAAUUGACUCGAUUGGUGUUGUUAAAGCAACUCAAAAACUCUCAGAUUUCCUUGGCACACCAGUUGCAGCUAUUGAUGUUUUCACUGCAUCAUGCAUUCAAGAAUUGGCUAGCUUCUCUGAGGAUCUUCUGUCAAAGACUCGGCCUCAGCUAGUGAGAACUAUACAUGUACCAUGUAAAAGGAUCAGUAAAAAUGACAUUGUAGAAUUCUUGAAAGGGAUUAUUUCUGAGCAGACUGGAGUCGCAAUCAACAGCAUUUCAGUCACAGGCAACCUGACAUCCUAUGGAAUAGACUCAAUCGGUGUUGUUAAAGCAACUCAAAAACUCUCAGAUUUCCUUGGAACACCAGUUGCAGCUAUUGAUGUUUUCACUGCAUCCUGCAUUACAGAAUUGGCUAACUUCUCUGAAGAUCUUCUAUCAAAGACUCAGCCUCAGCUUUCAAGCAAUGAAUCCAAUGUUCCAGAAGCUGAUAUUGAUUGUACUGAAUUGGUUGUGGAGGUAUCCAAGUCUCGCCAAUGGAGUAUCCGCUUACUUCAAUUCUUUGCACUUAUUUACAUCUCUAUCAUGCUGGCCUCUCCUGCCUAUCUAUCCAUCACUGCUUUUUUAAAUUCCAACCUAUGUGCCAGUAAAUCAGUUGCUGGAGUUCCUUGGUUAAAUUACAUGAUUUCCCUGAUUUUUGCACCUCUUGCUUGGAUUCAUUGCAUUGCUUCUACUUGCAUUUGCAUUUCAUUGUUUGGAAGUUCUUUAUUGGGGUUAAACUAUGAACUUACCUCUGAAAUCUCCAUCUACUCAGUGGAUUUUGUCAAGUGGUGGGCACUAUACAAGAGCCAAGAAAUUUCCUCUAAAGUUUUGGCCGUACACCUCAGAGGAACGGUAUUUCUCAAAUACUGGUUCGAGAUGUUGGGUGCGAAAAUUGGAUCCUCAGUUCUCAUUGAUACAGUUGACAUCACAGACCCUGCUCUGGUGUCAAUUGGAGACGAAGCUGUCAUUGCGGAAGGUGUUUUGGUUCAAAGCCAUGAGGUAAAGAAUGGAAUUCUAAGUCUCCGUCCCAUUAGGAUCGGAAAAUGUUCUUCUAUUGGACCUUAUGCUGUUGUUCAAAAAGGAAGCGUUAUUGGAGAGAGUGCUGAAGUACAAGCCUUGCAAAAGGUUGGCGGAGGCGAGCAUGUUCUAAAGCCGAAUAAACUUAAUAAUAUUGAUAAGAAUAAAGAUCUUCCGGUUAUUAGCAGCAAAACUCAACAUGAUACCAUCUACCACUUUAUAGGGAUCUAUCUUGUUGGCUUUCUCAGCUCCCUCGCCGCAGCCAUUGCAUACUUCUUAUAUAUCAAAAUCUCCAAGCAACCUCCAUCACUCCAACACUUUUCAUUUGUUUGCAUAUGUGGGGCCUUUCACUGGAUCCCGUUUAUCAUCAUUGCAUAUGCUACCAUGUUUUCUGAUGUCUCAUCCAACCCCAUCACCUUUGCCAUUUCAUUUACCAGCGCCUACUUGCUUCACAGUCUCAUACUCAUCACUCUCACCGCAGUUUUUACUCGCCUCCUCAAUCAAAACCAAACCAAAUUCAAAACAUGGCUUCGAUAUCAAAUGAAUAUUUCCUGCCACCUUAGAUGUGCAAAGUUUCUCUCAGGAACUGAAGCCUUCUGUGUAUAUUUACGCCUUUUGGGAGCAAAAAUCGGAAAACAUUGCUCCAUUAGAGCCAUCAACCCGGUUUCAAACCCAGAGUUAAUGUCGAUUGGCGCCGGCGUCCAUAUCGGAGAUUUUAGCAAAAUAAUUACAGGGUUUCAUUCUUCCAAUGGUUAUGUCUGGGGAAAAAUUGAGGUUCAUGAUAAUUCAGUUAUCGGAAGUCAAAGCCUAAUCCUCCCUAAUUCUCUUAUCCAAAAGAAUGUGAUUCUUGGUGCACUUUCAUUAGCACCAAUGAAUUCUAUACUCCAAGAGGGUGGUUUAUAUAUUGGAUCACAAACACAAUCCCAUGUAGGUAAUUUAUCUGCAACAUUAAACAAAGAAGAUUCACAAAAAUUGACAUUGACUAGAACAUGGUACCAAACCUUCACAUCACUCUUCACUCAGCCAUUUCUACAAACAGCUUCACCUCAUAUCUUAUUGGGUCUAUCAAUUUAUGCUCCUUUGAACUUAAUUUUUCACCUUUCCAAGAAAGUUCCAAUCUUUUGGCUACUUCCUUUGUUUUGGAUUCUCUCAGGCACUAUGGCAGCAUUAACAUGUGUUAUAGCCAAAUGGGUUCUUGUUGGAAAAAAGAAACCAGGCGAAAAACUUCCAAUAUGGAGUAAAAGAAUCAUCAUGGAUAGUACAUGGCAAGCUAUUAGAACUUUAAUUGGAGAUUAUUUUAUGGAAAUGACAAGUGGGUCAUUUAUGUUUGUGAUGUGGAUGAAGAUGAUGGGUGGUGAUGUGGAUGAAGAUGUUUAUGUUGAUAGUAUGGGGGCAUUAUUGAACCCUGAGAUGGUGAAGAUUGAGAGAGGAGGUUGUGUUGAGAAAGAUGCAUUGUUAUUUGGACAUAUAUAUGAAGGUGAUGAAGGAGGGAUGGUGAAGUUUGGAGAGAUUAAGAUUGGUGAAGAUGGGUUUGUUGGGAGUAGAGCUAUGGUUAUGCCUGGUGUGGUAUUGGAGAAUGACGCUAAUCUUGCUGCUUUCUCACUUGCAAUGAAACAAGAAAUUAUUAGGUCUACAUAAAAAUAUGCUCGAACUCGAUUAUAUAGAACAAACAUGGAAGGAGGAAGACACAUUGCAACAAGCAUAGAGGUAUAUGUUGCAAGGUUUAAGAAUGAAAGUGUUUCUGGUGGCACAGUAGAAGACUCAGCAAGAAAAGUUCCAACAGGACCUGACCCUCUUCAUCACAACAAUAACCCUUUAGACCCUUGAGUUUAUUGUUAACGCACAUUUUGAAUGAUGCUUCAAUAUCAUAUCAUUUACUCAGUACUCAAGUUUUUGUAAUUUAUAUAUAUAUAUAUGAUGAUACCUUCUACAAUAUAAAUCUUGUUUUUGUAUGAAAAUCACAUUUAUUUGGGGUA